CCAUCUGGAAGCUGGAGGAGCAUCUUCUCCCUCUGACGUCAUGACAGCAGCAUCAGCUGUUAGCUCUGCUUUAAGCCUUUUCGCUGCCGAUCGCUGCCUGCACAAAGGAAAUAUAUGAGAUCCCCUCUAAUCCCUGAAAUGGCGACACAGGAGGUACAGCUGAACGAGACUCUCUCCCACCUCAAAACGGAGUCGGAGACGCUGAAGACGAAGCUGGAGGAGGAGAGAGCGAAGCUGCACGAUGUCGAGCUCCAUCAGGUGGCGGAGAAGGUGGAGGGGCUGGGUCAGUUUGUCAUGAAGACCAGAAGAACCCUGAAGGGACAUGGAAACAAAGUCCUGUGCAUGGACUGGUGUAAGGACAAGAGGAGGAUCGUCAGCUCCUCACAGGAUGGGAAAGUGAUUGUAUGGGAUGCUUUCACCACCAACAAGGAGCACGCUGUGACAAUGCCUUGCACCUGGGUGAUGGCUUGCGCCUACGCCCCCUCCGGCUGUGCUGUAGCUUGUGGGGGCCUGGAUAAUAAAUGCUCAGUGUAUCCUCUGUCUCUGGACAAGAAUGAGAACUUGGCUGCCAAGAAGAAGUCUGUGGCCAUGCACACAAACUACCUGUCAGCCUGCAGCUUCACCAACUCGGACAUGCAGAUCCUGACGUCCAGCGGGGAUGGAACAUGUGCAUUGUGGGAUGUCGAGAGCGGGCAGCUGUUGCAGAGUUUCCAUGGACACGCAGCAGACGUGCUCUGUCUGGACCUGGCCCCCUCCGAGACUGGAAACACGUUUGUUUCAGGGGGCUGUGAUAAGAAGGCCAAUGUGUGGGACAUGCGUUCAGGACAGUGUAUUCAGUCGUUUGAAACUCAUGAAUCAGACAUAAAUAGUGUGCGAUACUACCCCAGUGGAGAUGCUUUUGCAUCUGGCUCAGAUGAUGCUACAUGCCGCCUGUAUGACUUAAGGGCAGACAGAGAAGUGGCUAUUUAUUCCAAAGAGAGCAUCAUAUUUGGGGUCUCCAGUGUUGAUUUCUCUCUCAGUGGACGGCUACUGUUUUGCGGCUACAACGACUACACCAUAAAUGUUUGGGAUGUUCUCAAAGGAACACGGGUCUCUAUUCUGUUUGGACAUGAGAACCGCGUCAGUACGCUGCGUGUUUCCCCGGAUGGGACGGCCUUCUGCACAGGAUCCUGGGACCACACUCUUCGGAUCUGGGCUUAAGGAUGAAGACACAGAGGAUUGAAUGGUAGACAGACCUACUGAAGACACACCAACGUUUCUGUUUGCUAGAGUACAAUCACACAUAGGGACUCAGUUUUGGUUGUACAUAUCAACAACAUUGUAUAUACUCCAGUCUCAAGGCCACGGUAGAUUUACAUAUUUCAGAGAGUAAUUAAACCAAAUGGCACGCGCUUGUAUUUCAGUAUGAUUGACAGAAAAUUGCACAGAAGUACUUAUGGUUACAAAAAUGUAUAUUGCAGAAAACAACAUUGGUAGUGACGCGCAUCAGUCUAGGAUAGAAUUGACACAAUAAAGUGAUGUGUUGUAUGUGCCCACAUAAAGGACAUUUCUUGUUUAUUUAUUUAUAUUUGCACAAAAAAUAAUGGAGGAAUGCAGACUGUUGAAGAAAAUGGGAUACUAGGAAACAAAAUACAUCUACAGGAGAAACAAUAAAGUAUUUAUAUUCUUUAUCACGCCACAGACUCAGAAAAACAAAGAAAUGUAAAUGAGAAAUGUUGGAAUAUGAGUAAUAGUGAGGAUUAUUAGAUUGCUUGAAGAAAUUAAUCAAUAUUGGUCAGUCAGAAGUCAAUUAAAAAAAUGAUUUGAUAUGAAGGAGCUUUGGCAAAAAAAAUAUUAUGAACAAAAGUACAAAUUUGUAGUUUAUUAUAGAUGUAAAUGGAUUUAAUUCCAUGUGCGGCCAACAUGCCUUGACAGCAACUCACCUGCCAAUAUUAUAAUGUAAAAAAAGCACAUAUUUACACUUAAACCUAAAAUACAUGAUGUUUAUUUUAAAGGAUGGUUUACCUCACAUCUGUCUGUUUCCAGCUGUGGAAGCCACUUCCUGCUCUAUGUGCACACUGCAGACACCCUGAACCUGUGGUCACCCACUAGAUAUCUAAAUACUACUAUAGAUAUAUAAAAGAAAAAUGUUAGAAUGUACUCCUUUUCAUGCAGUUGCUGCAAUUUACUAUUUACUGUAAUUAUUUUAUUGUAGUUUAGUGUACAGUUAUUAAAGGGACUGUUUAUCAACGUAUUACAAACUUAAUAAACUGAGUUUUGAGUAUCA